UCGUGGUAGUGUUUUUGUUAUUGUGCGAAAAUAUAAUCGUUGUAAGCUUGUUAUUCUUCAAGGAAAAAAGUGUAAUAGAUUAUCAAUGUGAAAUUAAAGAUGUUGCAUGUAAUUAUGUAACUUUUCGGGUACUUUGAGCAAUUUAAAUAAUAUCUUGCCUCUAUUCGAUAACAAGUCAUUGUGAAUAAACAAGUGCUCAUAUUUUUCAAUACGUUGAUUUACGUAAUGUAAUUAAAUGAUGAAUAUUAUUUGUGAGAUCGUUGUAAAAUGUUUAUUUGUAAGUUAAAUGCUGAGGCUUCUGCGAAAUAGGGAACUGCGACACGUGGGUCUUAGCGUGAAUUAAAAUCGAUAAGGACGUAGCGUGCGCCAGUCUAUCAACGAGACGAUUCUACGUCAAGGUCAUUCUACACAACACGUGCAAUGUCGGAUUCUAUUUACACGCAUGAUUUUCUUCUGGAACCUGGCAUGGAAAUAAAACAGGAAUCACCUUACGAACUCGGCACAAUGUCAGCUUCCGUACCAAUUCCGCAGCGGCGCAAUGAGUUGAGCGACUUCACCGCAGACUUGGAUAUGUGCCUCCAGGAUAAUUUUGGGUCUUCCUUCCAUAGUGUACCAACAAUGCAGUAUAAUAAGUUGGCUUUUGAAGCAGAUAAUACCAAAAUGGAAACAUUUAAAAUGGAAGAUGAUGAUAUUUUUCAAGUAGACAAAGCUGAUUUGAUUUUAGGGCCGACUCUUGCCGAGUUAAACGCUAACCCAGAUACGUUAUUGGAUGACCUUAAUUUUGAUGACUUACUCUUGCCAGAAGAGAAUGGAUAUUGUAUUCAGAUUGGAGGAGCAAUGAGUGGCUCCCGUCGUGCCACUAACACUUUGCAAGCUUCUAAUUUACGUCCUUCAGAGAGCCCCUCUAGUCCAUACAGUAGGACACAACUUGCGUUUUCACCAUCAAGCCAGCAUUCAUCCGCUUCGUCUAGCUUUGCUCAGCCAAAUAAUCAACUAUCUGAGUUACUGCUUCGGAUGGAUGGUUACAACGGGGAGAUUGUAUUGGGACAAUCUGUUCCUGCCUCAACAGUUUUGCCUCCAUUUACAUCUACAAUCAAACCACAGCAGUCACAACUUUCAUCAUCAGCACCUACUCACCUUACAAUGGAACAGAUCUGGCAGCGCAGGGAGCCUCGCAAGCAUUUACUUUCAACUAGCUCACUAGCAGAGGCAGGAUCUGUGUCAUCUCUGUCGGGAAGUCUGCUCAGCCCCGGCACUGGUGAUUUCUCUCAAGAUGAAGAAGAAAAGGAAGCAGAGUCUGAUGAAGAUAGUGACAGAUAUGAGGAUUUUUCUUCCGAUGAAUCCAAUGAUGAAUGUUCAGAGAAUAAACAUGCGCGCAGCAGUUCAAAAAAAGAGAAAUACUUCUGGCAGUACAAUGUCCAGGCUAAAGGUCCCAAAGGUCAACGUUUAAUCUUGAAGAAGAAAUCAGAAGACCCCCACAUACUUAAUUCAGUUACUGACCCUGUUUUUAGUCCCAGCUGCAGUGUCCGAGGCAUCAAACAUAGUGGAAAAGCAAGAAAAGGCGAUGGAAACGACUUAACCCCAAAUCCAAGGAAGUUAUAUUUGAUCGGCCUCGAACUUGAUAAUUUGAGCAAAGUAAUUAACGAUAUGAUCCCAGUUAGUGAGCUGCCGUUUAACGUGAGGCCUAAGACACGCAAGGAAAAGAACAAACUUGCUUCAAGGGCCUGCCGAUUAAAGAAAAAAGCACAGCACGAAGCCAAUAAAUUAAAACUGUACGGAUUACAACAAGAGCACAAACGUCUUAUGAAUGGCAUAUCACAAAUGAAGCAAAUAUUAAACAGUCGGAUAAAUAAUCCAGAAAACAAUAUCGAUUGGUCAUCACAUAUUGCAAACAUUGUGUCCACAGCUACAGAGGUUAAAAUAGCUGGACAAACUUCAGAAUUUGUCAACAAAAUACUCGAUAAUGUAAAGGCUGGACAAAAUAAUGGUGGCAUCAAUGAUAUUUAAAACUAAAACUGAGAUAAUAUAAGAUAAUAACAAAAGGCUGUUCUAUGUACCUCCAAAGCUAUUUAGAGAAAAAGUUUUAUAUAUAUCAUAUGAAAACUGAGUAGUCGGAGUCAUUUUUAUAUGAAUAGAUUUAGUUAUUAGGAGCUGCGCAGGGCAACUAAGAGGUAUGUUUAAGUAAUUCUCAUGUAACAUUAAUUAUAAUUAAAUGUUAGUUUGGUGUUAGCACUAUUAAAUAAUAAGUUCUUAUAGAAUUUAUCAUCUUUCAUAUUAUAGGUAUUGUACCAUUACGAUUUUUAAGCUUA